CUUCUCCCCUCCCCGCCACUAAAUUAACCCUCAAAAUGGUAAAGAGGUUCUUUUGGAUCAAGCAACAAACAGCUGAUGAGCACAAUGACUCUGCUUCUGCAGCUGACAAUAAUGUCCCCCAAAUCAUGCUUCUCUCUGGUCCUCCUUCUUGUGGCAAAACAUCACUUCUCUUCCAGUUUGCAGUCAACACUGUUUUAGAACAAGGAAGAGAUGUGGUUUUUAUAUGCAGCAAACGCAGAUUAGAGAACAAACCACCAUUCCUAUCUCAGGGUUUGGAUCCUUCUUCAGAUAUAUUUCAGAAAAUCAAAAUGAAAUAUGUGGAAGAUGAUGAAGAGAUUAAGAAAUACUUUGCUGCAUUUCAUAUGCAUUGCAACAAUGAAGGGGGGACAUUCCCUGGAGCGGUGAUUAUCGAUGAUUUUGGGGAGUUCUUUGAUGACACUAAUUGUAAACAAAGAUAUGGUGGUAACUAUCGAGGCCGGGAUUUAGCUGUGGUUCGUACUCUUGCGUUAUGUCGUGACGCAAUUCUCCACGCCAAUGAAAGACUGCUGCUCGAAUCGUCAUUAGUAGGAGGAGACAAGUAUAGUUGCAAGCUUUUGAUUUCGGAUACUCAUCUUGGGGACACACCCAGGUCUUUAUUCAUCUAUAAGAGAUGGGUUCCUUCCAUUUUCACAAUUAAGCCAGGUGAUGCAUCUGGGUCAUAUGUACUUAACAGUAUUACAAGCAGUAACGGUGCUAGUAUCAUCCGCUCAACAGGGGCAACAGUGGAGGCAUUAGCAUCAACAACUGUAUCAGUGGCAGGAAGGAAGAAAACUGCUGGUUGUGCCAAGUAUUCGAUAGCUCUUCAGUAUCUCAUGUUGGAAGAUAUUAUUAGCUGAAAAAUAGAACUCCAUUACUACUGCAACACAGAUAAUAGUACCUUCACUAAGGAAGUGACAGAUUGGAACAGUACCAGGCUUAACCUUGAGGACUUGGAAAGCUACAUGGUCAGGAUCCCAUUUGGAGGUGUCUUUGUGACAAACGACCGUGGCUUUGCUCUUC